GAUAAUUUCAUAGCUAGUAGACAAAACUUUUAAAUUUUGAGCAAGAUUUAUUUUUCAAUUUUAAUCAGAUUCAGGGUACUUUUUUGAUCGGCACUUUAAAAGACAACAUGCGUUCUUCAGAUUCUCCUUAUUUAUUUUGCCGUAUUUGUGGCACGCGGUACCGAAGUGACAAAGUAGAUCAGCAUGAAAAAAUAUGUUUGGAGAAAUCACAAGGAAAGGAACAAACGUGGUUAGAAAAAGAAGCUCCAAGUAACGUUUACUUACAUCAAGCUUUAAGCAGCAUGUCUGAAGCUCAAUUAAAUGCUUCUGACGAAGAAACUGAGGAAAUAUCUAAGUCAGACACAGAUGAAAAAUCCCAAUCAACGCCAGAAAGACCACCCAAACUAACAUCACUAGAACAGCUUGAUAAAGACAAGAAGGAAAUGGUUGAAACGCCUUAUCCAUCUCCAUCUUCAAUAACAAAUGACAAUCAAAUGAGGACCUCAAGAGUGCCACAGAGGUCAAGACCCUCUAAAAAAAUAGGUGAAAAUCCAAAACAAGCUUGGAAUGCAAAUGCCAAGAAACCAUUAAGUGCUAAAAUCGAAAUGCCUAAGUCUACUAAGAAAUAUAGGCAUUAUCCAGUAUCUUGCGAAUUUUGCAACAAAAAGUUUCAACCUGCGGAAUUGCGAAAGCAUAUUCGAAAACAUCAUGCUGAUGCUCAUUUGCCGAUUCAUCUAAGAGGUACAGAUCAGGGUAAAAUCCCUCCUCCCGACAAAGAAAAAUCCAAGAAAAAAGUUAGAAAGGUUGGUGACGGCCCGCGUUUUAGAAUCUGUUACAUUUGUGGAAGACAAUUCGGUAGCAAGUCAUUGCCAAUACAUGAACCAAAAUGUCUUGAAAAAUGGAGGAUUCAAAAUGGUCAGUUGCCUCCAGAUAAAAGAAUGCCUGAACCUAUAAAACCCAAAACUUUAUCAGAAUCAGAACUGGAUGAAAAUCUGCAUGGAUCUGAAGGUUACAGUAAACAGUUACCUGAGUUAAAUUCGGAGAAUGAAGCGGCUUAUCAGAGUCACAUGAUGAAUCUGGUUCCGUGCUCUUAUUGUAGCAGAAGAUUCAAUCCGGACAGGAUAAUGAUUCACGAGAACGCAUGCAUUGAAAGACCAAAGAAAAGAGAAUACAUCACUCCAGAUAAUGUUGAGAAGAAAUAGAUGAGUUACUUAAUUUGCACAGUUAAUUUAUUAGAGAAUUUAUUGGUUACAGCAAUUAAA